AUGGUAGAAGUGAGCUUCUCCAAAGUCCAUGACCGUCAUCUGGAGAUUAGUAAAUUAGUUGGUCGUGGCACUCUAAAUGCUCUAUUAGAUAAUAAAGGUCUCCUUGCACAGCGCAAUGGAAAUAAUAUUAUUCGCGUCUACAUUACUUUUCGUGCACCAGAAAAUUGGAUUACCGAAUCAGGCGUUGACUUUAAUCAAACAGAACGAGCUCGUACUCAUUUCCUUCAAUUAUUUUCCGACUGGGAUGAAAAGUUACUUGAUUUUGUACAUUUAUGUGACGAUAAUUUCAUUCCACGACUUUUAUAUGUAUUGCCUGAUGAUCAUCAAUGGGAGACAAAGCCUGGAGUAACAUUACUGGGCGAUGCUGCUCAUCUCAUGUCACCAUUUGCAGGUGAAGGUGUUAAUUUAGCUAUGUUAGAUGCGACAGAGUUAGCUCUAGCUAUCACUGGAUCGGGUGAACGGACAAAAGCAAUUCAUGAAUAUGAACAAAAAAUGUUUUCGCGUGCAUCUGAAUUUGCUCGUGAAUCCGCAUCGAAUCUUGAUUUAUUCAUUUCAGAGGGUAAUUCAGCAGGAAACGUAGCUAAUUUAUUUAAAAUGAUGAUGGCAGGUGGACCACCAGAUGAUGCAACAGCUUCUGCUGUUGAAUAA